ACCGAGGCCAGACUCAAACUAUUUGGGGGGAAAAGUCACAGACACACACAAGUCACUAUUUAUUGUGAGUCCCAAUAUAAUGACAUCUGAUACAAGGCAAGAUGGAGAGAAAUCCGAGCAUUUACUGUACAAGCAUGGGAAUUCACAAAAGUAAGAAGUUAAAGGGGAGGAUAAGAGGGGUGUGGGAAGAAAAAAAAAGUUUAGCUUCAGACUAACUGGUUCCUGUUUUUUUCUGCCGGUGAAUGCACUCUUGUUGCUGUGCUCAUAGAACUGUGCAGGUCAGAUAGUCUUGUGUGUAAAAAUCACACCCAUUUUUAAACUAGCUACUUCCAGAAAGAGGAACUUUUAUCAGCAGAACUGAUCAACUAAGCUAUAGUACAGGUUGAAACUCUCUAGUCCAAGACCCUCUGGACCUGACCACUGCCAAGCCAGAGGAUUUUCCGAACCACAGGAGUUUCACAGCUGCAUUGAAAGGUGCUUUCUUUUUAAAAAAUGGUUCAUUCAGCAUUGGCUUUGACACUCCUGCUAAUCGCAGUCUCUUCCAACCUUGCAAUGGCAAUCAAAAAGGAAAAAAGAGCUCCCCAGACUCUGUCAAGAGGCUGGGGAGAUGAUAUUACUUGGGUGCAGACCUAUGAAGAAGGGCUUUUUCAAGCAAGACAAAGUAACAAACCACUGAUGGUCAUUCAUCAUCUGGAGGACUGUCAAUACUGCCAAGCACUGAAGAAGGUUUUUGCAGAAAAUGAGGAAAUACAAGAAAUGGCUCAAAAUAACUUCAUCAUGUUAAAUCUCAUGCAUGAAACCACAGAUAAGAACUUGUCACCGGAUGGACAAUAUGUACCUCGAAUCAUGUUUGUGGACCCCUCUCUCACAGUAAGAGCUGAUAUCACUGGAAGAUAUUCUAAUCGACUCUAUACUUAUGAACCACAAGAUAUACCAUUCUUGUUAGAGAACAUGAAGAAAGCAUUACGCCUCAUUCAGACUGAACUGUAACUUGUACCACUGAAAUCACCAUAACCUCUACGAGGUGAAAUGGUCCAUGGAACCGCUCCAUCAUUUGAAAUACACUCAUUAGCUAAUUUGUCUGUAUUAGCAUUUAAACCUUACAGCAAUGUGUGAUGGUACCCAGAAUUUCAUAUGAAAACAUACCUAUAUUUCUCAAAAACUUAAAAACAACAACACACAGUUCUGCAGCACCUUAGAGACUAAGGUUUUUGUCUCUAAAAGGCUGUAGAAGUUUGUUGUUUUUUAUUUUUUUUCAGUUAGAUUAACAUGGCUGCCCCUGUAAUAUAUUUUCCAGAUAUGUAUAACACUUUUGAAAGUGAAAGAAAUAUUUAGAAAAGAUUAUCAGAAAUAUAAAACAUGUAAAACAUUGCCUUCAUAGAUAAUUCAGAGGAAUGGUAAAAAGAGGCAGAAAGAACAUUAGAAUUCUAAGUCACUGAUUCAAAUCUGGUCCAGUUAUUUUUGAACAGAAGUUGUAACCCACCCCAGCUGAGGACUGCUUGGUAGUUUAUGCAAGUUAAUAACCUCAGCUCAGCUUUUUAUUCUAUACUUUGUGUAGGUUUUUAGUGCAACCCAGGUUUAGUCUCCUGUUUCUAGCUAUCAGGGGGAGGGGCUUUGUGGAGAAGGUCAGAAGACAUUUCCUAGAGAGGCUGCAGCAAAUAGAAUCUUCAUUUUAACUUUUCAAUAGAAGCUUAGUUGACUGUAUAGAAGUGGCUCUUCUCUUUAUGUCCAGCAUUCUUCUGUACGGUUAUGAGGCCUGUUAAAAGCAGAAAGCAUACUUGCUGCUGAAUAGAUGUCUAAUGUGUCUAAGAGCGUACAGUAUGGACUCCAGUCAUGUAAAAUUCAGCAAAAUCUAAAUAAAAGGCCUUUGGGUUUGAGGAAAAUACACGAGUGCAAUGGGGUAGAAGGAAGGCAUUCUCAGCCUCAGCAAACUUCAGGGCCAUAACACCCAGACAUAAGAAAAUAAGAACAUCUAUACUGGAUCAGAUUAAAGGUCUAUUCAGCCCAGUAUCCUGUCUUCCAACAGUUUCUAAUAGCAGGUGUCCAAGAGAGAAUGAAUGGUACAGGCCAUCCCCCUGUCACUCAUGCCAAGCUUCAGACAAACAGAAGCUAGGGAUUCCAUCCUUGCCCAUCCUGGCUAGUAGCCAUUGACCGACCUAUCCUCCAUGAUGUAUCUAGUUCUUUUUUUUUAAACCUUGUUAUAGUCUUGACAUGUCUCUAGCAAAGAGUUCCACAGGUUGAUUAUGAAGACAUACUGUGUUUUAAACCAGCUGCCUACUAAUUUUAUGUGUUGUUUGAAACAAUCCACCUGCAGCCAGUUUACUGUAAAGGUUUGGGGUAGGGAGACCUAGCAGACAUGCCCCAUGCACCUCUCCUUAGGAGGAUCUGAGUCAUGUGGACCAAACACACUGGUCUUGUCACAUGUGCUUAUGACAUGCACAUGCCCCCUUCUCCACAGUCUUCUGCAGAGGCCCAUCUCAGAUGCCAUUCCAGAAGGACAGAAAGGAGAUCAGAGGUCUCUUGGGCUAGUUCUCCAGGGACAACUGUGCAGUAGGAAUAUACAGGAGCAGCUCUGUGUAAUGGUGUAUAUGGCUGAUGUCAAUAGAUGUAUGACAAUUUACACCUAGCAAGGUUCUCCCAUAAUUUCUGCUGUGCUUGUACGUGGCUCACCAAAGCAAGUCAGCAGAUGUUUCAUACUAUGACGAGAGCAAGAACAUGACCUGUCAUAUUAGUGGUCUGGUACAAAGCAUAGUGCCCUUUGUAGCUGCAAUUUCCCAUUUUGUACAAUGUUGCCUGCAUGAAAAUGUGAGAAAGCAAGUAGAAGUACUCUGCAAGUCUGUUUAGGACCCACAUAUCUGUUUUUAAAUUUACAGUACAAACACAGACUCACUUGUUAAGAAAUAAUUAAGUUACUCCUAGUAAUAAAGUAAAAUGUUAUUUAUAAGGAGAGCAGCUCUUAUAACCGAGUUGGAGAGAGACUUGGUGAGAAUGUAUGCUUAAAGAAAAAAAAACAAUUUCUUACAUUAUUCGCCAUUAGUACAUGAUCUCGACAACCAGUGAAAUGUAUUUUGUGCCUGUAGGAAGAUGUUGAAAAUAAAAUUGUUCAGUAUGUUCCUCCUA